AUGAUUCUAUUUAGUUGCAUAUUUAAGUUAAUAACAGCAGGAAAACUUUUAACAGAGAAUAAAGAAGAACCAGUAAACAUUUUAGAACACUAUGAUCCCAACGACAACAAUCUUGAACAUUAUGAUCCUACAAAUGAAGGUAAAUAUUUAGGUAGAGGCAGAACAAAUUUUAAUUAA